GUUUAUGUCAGCUUUUGUUGGCCACUCAAUUGAUGCAAUGGGUAGAGUACAUGCACAAACGUACACACACACACGCACACACACAAAAUAGAGCAUGAGCUUGAACAUCAUGGAGAAAAUGAGUGCUACCUUUUGCAUUCUGACAGUUGUGGGAACUCUGUUGGUACCAACAUUUGCUGAGAACAAGACCUCAGAUAAUCUUGCUGAAAACAUUACUACAACCCAAAUAUCAGUCUUCAUGUCCAAAAAACCUGUUGAUAUGACUAGCUCAAUGAAUGUGAGCAAUGGAACUGAAGGCAACACAGCCACAGCUCAAAACGCGCCCAUCAACAACUCAACCACUCCCAUGACACCAAAUGAAGGAAAUACCAGGACGGUUUCACCUGAAUUAGAUCCAACAACUAAGAAAAUUAACGUGCCCACACCUGGACCAAAGCCCAAAUCUACAACCAAAAAGGACCACACCAUAACCACGAGCACAAAAACACCCUCAGGUGAUGAAGUAAAAACAGACAGCUCAUCAGUGUACAUCAUUGUCUUGAUCGUCAUCAUUCUGGUUAUUGCUGUUAUUGGCAUCAUGUGCUUCUGUUUUAAAAAUAAUCGCAGGAGGUUCUCUGUAGAUAUACAUGCCAAAAAUGAAGAUGCUCAAAUUCCACUUGCUGAAGUGGAGCCAGAGAUGAAUGAGAGCUCACUAAAAGGCAUGAAAACAUUUAUUUCGUUUGAGGGGGAGGAGUCUUCACCGACUGACACAGUGGACAAGACUGAAGGAGAAAAAGCCCCGACUGAAGCUAAUCAGCAGGUUAAGGAAAGCCCAGCUGAGUCUCAGACCACUGAAGCUCCUGCUGAGAAGCCGGCUGGGCUGGCAGUCGUGGAUUUAAAUGAUGAUCCAACAGCCUCCAACAAGACCUCCGUGGAGACUCUGAACGAUGUGCUUAAUGAGAACAACAGCAACAACAAUGCAGUGCAUGAUGUUCGUGUGUGCUUCACUGACAUCUGCCUUAAUGACUAGUUCUAAGAUGAGCUGAAGCUGAAAAUGCAAUGACCAAAGAGGACAUGUCUUACAGAACUUACAGAAAUGGAGGAAAAAGAAGGAAAGUAUGCAGAAAUGAAAUAUACACACACAAUAUAACCAAAAAUAUGUGUACACCUGACCAUAACACCCAUGUGUAGUUCUUCCCCAAACUGUUGCCACAAAGCUGGAAGCACACAAAUCUCUAUUGUGUGCUUGUAUGCUGUAGCAUUAAGAUUUUCAUUCACUGGAACUAAGAGGUACAAGCCUGUUCCAGCAUGACAAAACCCCUGUGCAUAAAGUGAGGUGCAUUAAAACAUGGUUUGCCAAGAUCUCGAGUGGCCCGCACAGAUCCUACUGAACACCUUUGUAAUAGAUUGGAACUCCAAAUGCCUGCCAGGCCUCCUCACCCAACAUGGGUGCCUGGCCUCACUAAUGCUCUUGUGUCUGAAUGAACACAAAUUCCCAGUAGAAUUGUCCACAUACUUUUGAACCUAUAGUGUACUUGUCAAAAUUGUGUUUUAGUGUCUUUGCAUGUUACUUCAAUUAAAAGAAAAAACGAAUCAAGGAUUUUUUUUUUUUUUUAAUUAAUGAACACUUUCAAACCUAAUGCAAUUUGUAUUAUUGUGAGGUUAUUUAUGAUUAUCAUACAAUGUACUUAUAUACAGUAUGCACAUAAAUGGAAAUAUCCUAUACCUAAUCCAUACACAGGACUAAUAAAGUAUUUAUAAACGUA